GCCUCGCGAUCUGAGUUACUGGCUCACAUGCCCCAAAUGUGCUAACCUAUAACGGCAAGGAACACAGAUUUACGUGCGCCGCAUAGCCCGAAACGAGUGAAGUGCUCGUAAACCAGACUGUCCGUCCGUCCCUCGCAGUGGCCUAGAAAGCGAUCCACAGCUAGCGCAGCGAGCCGGAAAACAUACUUCUGCUAUUGGUCAGCACAGAACGCACUUGCGGAUCGCGCAAGCCGACGAGUCACCUGAAUAGGCCUAACGGAAGCUUUGAACUGACCUAAGCCACCUUCCAGCGCCCUGUCGUUUGAACCUCGCCUGCAGAAACCGUUCCGCGUACGUCGGCCGAAUCAAGCAGUCUCCAAAAUGAUGGUAAGCCCAUUGACGCCACCCAGGCUAACGGUCGCGCAGCGUGCCAUCCUGAUGAAAGCCAGAAUGCAACACGGUGUCCACUUCAUGUUCUCCACGCCCGUCGACGUCCUAAAACGAAAGCUGAACUUUGAGUUCGCCAAGGGGUUCAUCAAGAAUAGCAUGCUCAGGAUAGUCGUCGAAGUCCAACCCAACAAGGCCAUGGAGAUCCAGUACGAGAGCACCGGCCAUCAGAACCGCUACAUCUACUUCACGCGGCAAGCGGACGACAAGAUAACGAUCGGCACGAACCACCUCGUUUACAAAGUACACCACCGCUACGACAUCAAGCUGAAAGGCAGCCCAACUUUAGGUAGCGGCGUUCAUAUCAUUACACUCGCGCACAAGAGCAACGGUUACUUCAUGGCGUUCAUUGACGGUAAUUCGGACCUGGUAAACGAGCAGGUCGCCUGCUCAGCAAUGGUCGAGUGCACCCGCGUCAGGCACGGCGUGCCAUUCUUCGACGACCCAAACUCGACCGAAAUGAUGAACUUCAAGGUUUACGAGCUCCACCACGUCUCCGACGAUCCUAAGGUUAUGUUUGAACAGAUCUCCAAAAACGAGGGCGAUGAUUACACUCUACCACCGUUCGUGUUUCUUGGGACAGGCGGCGAGGUCAUCUUCAGCGGAAAAUUCCACGGACGCUCUGUCGCCACCGACAAGAUUGCCGUGUUCUACGGUGGCAAGCUGGCUGCCGAAUUGGAGGGUGCGCCGUUCGACCGCCAGGGUUGGCUGGUGCUUAAAUUCUACGGCACCACGAUCACCAUCUCCCUGGCCGAUUCGACAUGGCAGGCGCCCUGGGUCAUCUCGCGCUUCAUCAAGAACGACGACGGUAGAGUCAAUCCGAAUGAUAAGGGGCAGGUCAGAGCCAUCGGCAUCGGUCGCAACUUCCAAUUGGACAACGUGUUCGUGUACAGUGGCAUGACCCUCACACCUAUACAGCCACGGCCAUCACGUCGCACAAGCUCAACCACUCGCACCACAGCGCCCAAUACAUAUUUGCAUUCCACAUUUUCUAAUUUUGCCAGCAGAAUGCCCGGACUCACUGAUAGCGGAAAUAAAUAGUCCUUGCACCACUCAUCAAAACAAACUGAGCAAGUUGAUUAAUACUUGGGAAAGUCAUUGUAAUGCAAAUGAGAUGGGCACAUUACAACAGAAGCCAGGACAGUGCCUAGCCAGGCGCUGCGAGGCUUGCCAGUAUUUUUUUCUAAAGUUUCAAGGUCUACACGCUCCAUUUAACAGCAAAAAAAUGUAGAAAAUA